AUGUCCGAAGACAGGCUGUUCUUUCAGCAGGCUGCGGAAGCUAUUAUGCAGACUUGUCUUCAUAGCGACAGGAUUGAUCCCACUAUUCGUGAACUACUAUCUCGUAUUAGGUCCACAUCAUCAAAUAAUGUUUCAGAACACAACCAAGCUUACGAAAACAGUAUCGAAGGACAACCGAACUACUUUGACACACUUCUCUCAUCGAACUCAAAUUCUGUUUCGACAGUAAGUUCGAAUACAGUUAAAAAACGCAAGGUGUCGCUGCCGACAUGUAAAAGCGACGAUCAUUCCUCUGGCGAGGACCGUAAGUUCCACUGCGCGAAGUGCAACUUAGUAUUUCGCCGAAGCGGCGAUCUUCGCCGACAUGAGAAAGUGCACCUGCCGAUUUUGCCAAAUAUCUGUUCACUAUGUGGCAAAGGAUUUGCCAGGAAAGAUGCACUGAAAAGACAUUUUGACACUCUCACAUGCAAGCGUAAUAGGCUUAAGUUGUUAGCAAUAGGAGGCGAUAUUAACGAAAUCCUAGAAAAAGCCCGCCAAAACGGGGCAGGAGUUUGA